AUGAUACCUUCGAACCCCUUCGCGCAGCUAAUUGAAGGUAGAGAAACUGCCGCCGAGGAGAACUCGACUUCUUUCUUUCCACUUCUUGACAGAGUCGCGGAGGGCAUCUUUACCGAACUCGACACCGAGCAGGCUCUUUACGAGAGGUUCCUCAAAUUGUUGGAAGAUGACGGACACAUCUCAGAUCCAGAAGCUGUUGCCUCAUUCAAAUUUGCACUUGCGAUACGUUCUGUGGCACCUCGCAUCGAAGCGCAUUACCAAUAUUAUAACACCUCUGUGCAACCUAGCAUGAUGGCAGCGCAGGACGCUGCCUGUCCUGUUUGGGUACAUUUUGACGACAAGCAAUACUGCUCUCCGUCCCUUGAACGGGCACAACAAGACAUGCCCAUAGAUGGUUUGGCCGACCAAUUACCAUUUGAUCGUGUCUUGGGAGACGUAUCAGAAGGUCCUCCCUCCAUCCUUUAUGCGGAUAUUACCCAUCCACUAUUUGGGCAAUUCCACGAGACUGUGAGUAGGACUGCAAAGCAGGGUAAGAGCUCGUAUCGAGUCCGCUAUCGACCGUCUACGGACACUAGCCCCUUGUUCUUGAACGGGUACGGGGUAGAACUCGCGCUCAAGAGGACAGAUUAUAUCGUAAUCGAUGACCGCAAAGCAGGACAGGACGAUGAGGAGGUGCAAAAGCCAAUAUCUGACAAAGACCUCUCAGAUGAAGGCCCAGCGGACCUGAAGCCCCUCACUACUUCAGAGCUCUCAACUCUUGGCCUCAACACGGCAAGCUUCGUGAUGUCUAGUGAUGAUCAACUAGAUACGCUACUCAAGGUAUCCGCUGAUUUCCCACGAUAUUCGGCGAUGAUUGCAAGCCACAACACCAGCGAAACGUUUCUUAACGAAUAUAGAACCAACCGUGCUGUAUUUCUGCCACAAGGAUAUAGUAUUGUAUGGAUCAAUGGCGUGCAGGUGGAUACUCGGUCUUUGAACCCUUUCGGUCUCCUCGAUCACCUGAGACGGGAAAGGGCACUGAUCAACAAUCUCCGCGAUCUUGGCUUCACUGCGUCUCAAGCAAUCAAACUUCUCUCACACAAAGAUAUUGCUCAAGCUCAGGUGGAAAAGGAGCCUCAAAGGUAUGACUGGCGGGACCAGACUGAAGGCAGCAAUGUCAUUAUGUGGCUCAAUAACAUUGAGAAGGAUAAGCGAUAUCAAAUUUGGCCAUCUCAACUGACGGCUCUUCUACAGAGAACGUUUCCAGGUCAGCUGCCAACUGCGCGUCGGGAUAUCCACAAUCUUAUUAUUCCUGUAAAUUUUGCCGAUUCUAAAGACCUUCAGUUGGUCGUUGAGACUCUGCAAAGCUUCGUGAAAAGGACAAUUCCGGUCAGAUUUGGUCUUGUACCUCUUCUGUCAUCACCAGAUUCCGCAGCCCAAGCAAAAAUCGCCUACCACUUGUUGGAGACCUAUGGGUUGAGUUCCCUGUUCGCAUAUUUCGAGGAGCAAGUGACGGCCAAGAAGCCUUCUACAGCAACAAAGGCUAGCUUUGCCGCUGCAAUUGAAGGCCGGAAGCCUCGCAACGAGAGAGAAGUGCUUGGACUCGAUGCUUUAUUGACCUCCGAUCCUCUCGAGCAAAGACUCCAGGCUGUCAAAAGCUAUCUGUCAAGGCUGGAAUUAGGGAAUGAAGUUACAUCGAUAUUGAUCAAUGGAGUUGCGCUGCCUCGCAAUGAGAAUUGGCUCGAGGCAAUGAGUGCCAGAGUUUCGAUGGAUUUACGAGCAAUCCAGCGAGCAAUUAUGGAAGAUGCCUUCAACGAAGAAUCCUGGAUACCAGAAUAUUUUCUUUUCCAAGCUUCUUCUAGCAGAAAUGCUCUGAUUACGCCGGAGAAGUUAGACUCAAUAUCGGUACUAGACGUUAGCAAAUUGGCGCGAGAUCAUUUUGAUGUGCUCGAUGAUAUACCUCGAAUAUCUGCGAGUCCAGACUCUGAUUUUGAAGCUCGGGCUCAUCUCUUAUUGGUCGCUGAUUUCGAGUCCGACCCUGGUAAGCAGCUGCUCAAAGAGGCAAUCGAGUUCCGGAAAGGAGAGCCAGGCGUUGACUUCGUCAUCCUUCAUAAUCCGACAUCAUCUCGGCCUACAUCUGGACUCCCUUUCCAGCUUUAUCAUCUACUGAAAGAGGGCAAAGAGAUAUCGCCAGAAAAUUUGCUCGAUAUAGUGUCUGGUAGUGAUUGGACCCAGCCAACUCAGGCAAUGGCACAACGUGCUGAUGACUACUGGAGUGUAACGCAACGCCUGGCAGACGCAAUAGGAAUUGAGCACGGAGCUAGUGGGAUUUUGCUCAACGGCAGAUAUGUUGGACCCAUCAAAGACGGGACGCUAUUUCUGAAGGAGGAUUUCGACCUACUACUGAACUUCGAACGGCAGCAACGCAUCAACCACGUCGUAUCUGCCGUGAGAGAUUUAGGGUGGGAAAGUAACGUCGUGAAACCGCUUGACCUCGCGAAAGUCACAUCGUUAGUCGCGCGAGCACAUGUGUCUGAUUUACCAGAGGGCAUAUUUGAAAGUCCGCCAUUGAUCAGGAUAGACAACUUCAAUCUGUGGAACAGCACCCACUCCGCAAUCCAUGUCUCAACAUCAGACGAUCCAGCAAUUCAAAUAGUGGCAGCCAUUGAUCCCGCUUCUGAGGUAGUACAACCGUGGAUACCUAUACUCAGGACACUUUCCCAGCUACAUGGCGUUGACCUCAAGAUCUUCCUGAACCCGCGAGAGCAAGUGCUCGAGCUCCCAAUCAAGAGGUUCUAUCGCCAGGUCCUCGACUCUGCUCCCAUGUUCGACAACAGUGGUGCCUUACGGCGACCCCAAGCAACUUUCACAGCUAUCCCAGAGGAGGCUUUGCUCAAUCUGGGCAUGCAUGUGCCAGCUGCUUGGCUUGUUGCACCUCAAGUUUGUGAUUAUGACCUUGAUAAUAUCAAGUUGAGCUCUGUGCCAAAAGAUCAGAACAUUGAUGCAAUCUACGAGCUAGAACACAUUUUGAUCGAAGGGCACUCCCGUGACACUGGAACUGGUUCCCCACCAAGGGGUGUUCAGCUACUACUUGGUACUGAGAAACAACCACAUUUCGCAGACACAAUCAUCAUGGCGAAUCUUGGAUAUUUCCAGUUCAAGGCAAACCCGGGCUACUGGCAUAUUUCUUUGAUGCCUGGCCGCUCUUCAAGAGUUUACACCAUUGAUUCCGUAGGUAGCAAAGGGUAUUCUCCGCAGCCUGGAGACCUGGACACGUCUGUUGCACUGUACUCGUUUCACGGUGCAACCCUCUACCCACGUCUUUCUCGAAAGCCCGGCAUGGAGACUGAAGAUGUGCUGGACUCCGGUUCUAAGGCUAGGUCAGCGAUGGAUUACCUCAGUCGUGGCGCAUCUUUCGCAUCAUCGGCUCUGACAUCGGUUGGACUUUCUAAGUCCUCCUCGUCCGCUAACGCAGACAUUAACAUCUUCUCCGUGGCAUCUGGUCACCUUUACGAACGCAUGCUGAACAUCAUGAUCCUCUCUGUCAUGAAGCACACCACUCAUAGCGUCAAGUUCUGGUUCAUUGAACAAUUCCUUUCCCCGUCCUUCAAAUCCUUCCUUCCACACUUGGCCGCCCACUACAACUUCCAGUACGAAAUGGUCACUUACAAGUGGCCUCACUGGCUACGCAGCCAAAAAGAAAAGCAGCGUGAAAUCUGGGGCUAUAAGAUUCUAUUUCUUGACGUCCUCUUUCCCCUUCAUCUGGACAAAGUCAUAUUCGUUGAUGCCGACCAGAUUGUUCGCACCGAUAUGAUGAACCUCAAUCGCGUUGACCUUCAUGGUGCUCCCUACGGCUUCACUCCAAUGUGUGAUUCUCGCGAAGAGAUGGAGGGCUUCCGCUUCUGGAAACAAGGUUACUGGAAGAAUUACCUCCAGGGAAAGCCUUACCACAUCUCGGCGCUGUAUGUGGUCGACCUCAAGAAAUUCCGCGAGUUAGCCGCUGGCGAUAGGUUAAGGCAGCAAUACCAUGCCCUGAGUGCUGAUCCGGGGAGUUUGAGCAAUCUCGACCAGGAUCUUCCGAACCACAUGCAAUAUAACUUGCCAAUCUAUAGCCUGCCGCAGGAGUGGCUGUGGUGCGAGACAUGGUGUAGUGAUGAGGCGUUGCAGAGUGCAAAAACCAUCGAUCUGUGCAACAACCCGUUGACCAAGGAGCCGAAAUUGGACCGGGCGAGAAGGCAGGUUCCCGAGUGGACUGUCUAUGAUGAGGAGGUGGCUCAGGUCAUGGAAGCUGUGAAAAGAGCGGAAGCGGAAGCUUCAGCUCAAGCAGCUGGCCCUGAGGAAGUCAUACAAGAGCGGAAGCCCGAUCGAAAGAAGAAAGAUGAGUUAUAG